UGAGGCGAAUUUUCUUGGGGUUUGCAGUUUGAAAAAAUUCUUCGUUGAGGAUAGAUCGCUAUUUUUUAGGAGUAAUUAUAAAUUCGAACGAGUUCAACGAAUAAUUCGUGAACAGAACAGAAACAAAUCGAUCAAAAUGUUCAAGAACCAUUUGGAAAUGAUUGGGCGCAAUGAGAGCCCCAGCAAGAAGGCCAAAUUCUGGCAGUCUUACAUUAGAUCCCUGAAGGGCUCUGAGGAUAUCCGUGCCCACGACGCACCACGGGCAUCCCGCCCCUACAGCUCCUACCUGGACUCUCCCACCUACAGGAGCAUCUAUGAUGAGCCAGCCACGGCCAACGAGCGCGUCCAGUCAUCCGGCUACAGAUAUCUGCCCGUGAGCCGCGACACCUAUGGCUACUCGCCACGCGCCAUCUACGAUCAUCAUUACAGCCGCACAAUUCCAGCCAACUACGAUGCAGAGAAGGCCUGGAAUGAUCAUCUGAAGCGCAUGCAGGAAAUCGAGCGCAGAUACCCAUCUCGCUAUGGUCUCUACUUGAGGGACAAGCCACUCACGCCCAACUCUCUGGUGCCUUUGGAGUACGAGCCAGAGGACAAGCUGCUGGCGGAGCUCAACAAGGCUCGUCGCUCGGCCUCGCCGUUCCGUCCCGCGCGCAGCACACGCGCCGGUAGCGAGCCCUAUGUGCCCGAGCCAACGUACUGGAACCGCGAGAACAGCGUGCCACGUCGUGGACCCUCGGUGUUCGACCGUGCCACCAGCCUGGCCCCGUUCACGCGUCCCAGCUUCAGGGCCAGCUCGCUGGAACCCUUGGAUGAACUCUUUGAAAGUAAGUUGCCCGCGAUUGCUGAGGCCGGUGCGGUGGCAGCCGAGGCGGCUGCUGCCACACGGCAUUUAGGCAUUUUUGAGCGCGCCGGCUCACCAAGUCCCACUCCUGUCAAAGCCGGUCGCUGGGGACCCCGUAACACCGAAGUCGCCUACGAUGCUGAGGGACUUCCAAUCUUCCAUCCACGCAACCGCUUCAGGGAUCUGCUGAGCCCCAGCCCCAACUUGCCAAUCUCAUCGAUUGUGCGCGAUCCCUUCUGGUGGGAUGUGGAUGAUCUGGUGCCGUUCCGUGCCACCUCGGUGCCACGUGGCUCGAGCCCUGUGGCCCGCGAUUCGUACUUGUCGCCGGUGAAGAAUCGUUACUUGUGGUCCAAGCACCCCGCUAGACCCUUGACACCUGAGGCAGAGGAUAUAUACUAAAUUCGAACCAAACAAAUAGAUUCAAUAUCACAAAAAUCGUUAGCUAUAAUAACAAAGCGACGCUAUAUCAAUCAUAUAGCAAUUCUGUAAUUUUUUUGUACUUAAUUUUACAUAAAUUACAUGUAACGAACUGUAAGAAAAAAAAAGAAAACAAAUUGCACACCGCUCAAUUUUGUAAACGAACGAAACAACGAACUAAAAAAAAUCAGCAACUUGAACAACAACAACAUCAACAACGAAUGCAUCAAAAGGGGCCCCAAGCAAAAACAAAAAAAAAACAACGACAACAGACUUUGACUUUCCGAAGAGCUGGAAACCCUAGUCCAAAGUAGCAAAAGGUGCAAAAAC